CCAGCGAUCCUCUGUCUCAGCUUCCCCACUGGAAUUACAGACAUGCACCACUGGAGGGUGGACCCAAACACAAGUCCUCAUGCUUGUGUGGUAAGUUCUUUACUGAAGGAGCAGUUUUCCCUAACCUGCCGAGGCUAGCUUUUGACUUCUGAUCCUCCUGCCUCAUCGCCCAAGUGCUAGGAUUCUGGGCAUAUGUCUGGUUCAAGUCCAGUUUAUUUUAUUUUUAUUUCAUGUGUAUGGGUGUUUUGCCUGCAUGUGUGUCUGCGUCAUGUGGGUGCAUAGUACCUGUGGAGGCCAACAGAGGGCGUCGGAUCCCCUAGAACAGGAGUUAUAGAAGGUUGUAAACUACCGCGUGGAUCCUGGGUCUAGAACCCUGGUCCUCUGGAAAAGCACCAAAUGCUCCUAAUGGCUGAACCACCUCUCCAGGCCCCCCCCCCCUCAAAUCCAGUUUUUACAAAUCUUGUAUUCACUCAACAAACACUUACCUUGAAGUACUAUUGUAAAAAUCACCUAGCAAGAUCCACAGAGGAUGCCUAAAGAGUAUCUGGGCUGUCGAUCAACGUUGAUUUCAUUAUCCUGGUCCUUGGGCCAGGGGGCACAAGGCCGUCAAUGAUUGGUUCUGAGGGUCUUGGAAGGUCCUUGGGGGGUUGGGGCCAGACAGCUCUCACAAUGAUCUAGAACACUCCCUCACUCUAAGUUCUCAUCCCACUUCGACUCCUCUCCCUGUCCCAGGGAGGGGAGGAAGGGUCUGUCAUGAGUCACUGGGGGGCACGCCCCUUUGGGAUUUCUUAUUUCUUCCUUCAAUUCUGAGCUUGAAGCUCCUCAGUACCUGCAAGUCCUCUCUGGUGGUGGCCACUGGCCUGUAGCCUUUUCCCUCCUGCACCUCAGAUGCUGGCUUUGUGCCAUACUUUGGACUUGUGGUGUCAAGAAAGAUUGCCUCGGUUGUGGUGUCAAGAAAGAUUGCCUCGGUCAUGAAGUUCUUGAAAUGGAUUAGGCAAAUUUGGCGAAAGCUGCCCAGUUGGGUCCUGUUCUGGAAACGCCUAACCAAGUCAGGCCCAUCCGAUCAGCAUGUGAAGUGUCCUCCGUUGAAGGGACCGGAGAAACCUUCCGUGGAUUUUGACACUGUAAAGUUGGUCAAGUCCCACAAAGAGGCCAUGGUCGCUGACCUGGAUGUGUGCCCAGGGAUGCUCGAACCCAGUGUGCUGGCCUCGAUCAAGGAAAAAUCUUCCCUGCAUGAUGAAGAGAGUCAUUUGAGUCAUGACAGUCGCUCCCUGAUGACCGUGGUCCACUCAGUUUCUACAUUUAUGUUCUCCGUGCUGCAGUCCGGUUGGAGAUUGUGUAGGUGGAAGUCUUCUAUGAGUGCUGCCUCAGUUUCCUCCCAUACGAGGAGCCGCUCGGUCCUGGGCACACCAGAGGCGGAGAUGCUUCGGGAAGUGUACCUGGUGCUCUGGGUCAUUCGCAAACAACUACGAGAGCUGGCCCGCAGGCAGGAGAGGCGCAGACGGCGCCGCAUGCGCUCUCAGCCUUCCCAUACUUCCCGCCACUCGGAACCAGUGCAGGGCCUCAAACACGAUGCCCGAAGUCCCCUCUAGGCAGGGGAGCCCCAGAUCUUUUGAAAGCCCCCCACCUCACUCUUACGGAAGGGUGACAGGAAGGGGUUCAAGGCCAUCAGGGCCAGAGCUGCUGGUGAGGAGACGUUUGACCAUACUGUCAGAUCUCACCGGAACCCCAAGACCAGGCCUAGGGUCGGACACACUCCCCUUCUCUGUGUUUAUUCAAUUUGUAAAAAAAAAUUAUCUGAAUAGUGAGAAAUAAA